ACACUACUACAAUUGUAUCACCAGAUAUGACAACUCCCUAUUCAACUACUAAUGUCACACCAAAUACGACAACUUCGGAAACAACUACCAGUGUAGCAAGAGAUUUGACAACUCCCUAUUCAACUACUAGUGUCACGCCAGAUACAACAACACCCGAUCCAACUUCCAGUGCUGCACCAGAUAUGGCAAUACCGAACCCAACUAACAGCUUCGCACCAAAUACAACAACUCUCAAACCAACUUCCAGUUUAACAUCAUAUACGACUACUCCCAAACCAACUACAAGUUUUGCAUUGUAUAAGACAACUUCUGACCCAGCUACCAGUUUCACAUCACAUAUGACAACUCCUGGAUAUACUGAUUCUUCAAAGGCAUCGUAAGUGUGCAGUUACCAGUGAAUAUCAAGUCUAAAUCUGGAUCGUAGAAUACAAUGUGAUUCAAUCCAUUUUACAGUGAAGCCUUGGACAAUCUGUAUACUAAGAUGGAAGAGAUGGAAAAAAGCAAUAAAAGCAAUGAGGCAAUUGUCAAGGAAGAUGCUGUUGGUCUUGUUCAUGUUCAAGCCAAGAACACAGAAACAAAAGAGAUCAACAUAUGCUACUCUUCAGACCAUGCUAUGGUUGUUGAGAGCCAAAGUGACAUGAAUACAAACUGUUCCUGGUCUAUAAAGAUUUCCAAGGAAGCUUUAAAUAAAUCACGUCUUGAAAACAAUGGAACUGCAUUUGUUGGAGUUCUACGAUUCUGUAACAUGAGAAAUAAGAAUGAAACUAAAAUUCACACAGUUUUGAACAAUGAGGUUUAUGGAAUCACAAUGAGGGCCAACAUCUCCAACCUUACGGAAAAUAUUGACAUGUACUUUAAAUAUAAAAAUCUGGAUGGAAAUGCAAUCUGUGUUUCUUGGGAUGGCAAAGGAGAACUUAAAUGGACAACAUUCGGCUGUGAGACAAUAAUCAACAACACCACCAUAAAGUGCUCCUGCUCACAUCUGACGUUCUUUGCAGUGCUGAUGGUGAGAAACUUCUCAGAGAAUAACUUAUGUUUUCAUGAUUAA